AUGUGGCAGCAGCAUCUUCCCACCACGAAUACGCUGUGUGCUACUGAAACUGCUGCAUCACUGUUUACUAACAUUGUGCCUCAAGCGUGGGGGAGGGGAGUUGUGGGUGGUGAAUAUCAUGACAGCGGGAGUCCUUUUAAGACAGAGGUGCUCAGACAAGUAUACACCACCUUCGCACAGAGGAGACAGACGCAUGCACGCACAGUUGCUCAUCACAGCAGGACCUGCACCAUGAGCUAUGACCAGAGCUAUCCCAUCCCGCAGGUGUUUCUUGUGGAUGGAGGUGGGGGCCCUCAGCACUCAGCCCAGCCUCCGGGUCUCAUUCCCUGCUGGUCCUUUCCGCCGGCCGUAGAGAGAUCGAGGAGCCACGAGAAGAGCCGGGGCUGCAUGGGAAUCAGCCCCGGCGGGGCAAUGAUCGUGCUGUUGCUGUUCCUGCUCGUGUUUGCAGCCCUCGGAUUUGAAGCCAUCCAGAUUUCCAACAUACAGAAGGAGCUGGCAGACAGGACGCAGGUUGAAGCGGUUGAGUUUAAUGCACCCGAGAAGCAAAUUGGUCUGCCUGAGCCUGGAUUAAUUGAGGAAGACAAGAAGGACAGGCCUGCAGCACAUGUGAUAGGGCGGAUUGAAACCGUAGACGUCCGCAAGACUUUGCGGUGGGAUUCGAAGACAGGUCGAGCAUUCACCUCCGGAGGCGUGGUCUACCAGGCUGAAGACGGUGCCCUGCGAGUCAACGAGACCGGACUCUACCACAUUUACUCACGAGUAGAGCUGAUCUUUCGGGACUGCUCCUAUAGUUCGUCGUUCGAACACAAUGUGUUUGUGAGGAGAACGGGACACCUGAAACCUGUGACCCUGAUGGAGGCGCACAGAACUGGUUUCUGCUCUGAGCGCAAGAACCGUCCCUGGACGACAGAGAAUUACCUGGGCUCCACCCAGUUGCUGCAGAGGAACGACAGCGUUUUAGUGAAUGUGUCGCACCCCCAGUUGCUUAGUCACUCACAUUUUGGCAACUUCUUUGGUCUUUACAAGAUCUGAAGUCUUAGUGUCAUAGUCUGAGUGUGGUAAUUUCACUCCAGCAACAGAAUGUAAACUGCACAGAAUGUCUCAGGCAGGAGUGACACUUACUCAUCACGUUACCAAAAUGAUACAUUGAAUGUGAUUUCUGCGACAUGUAAUAAGCACACUGGACAACAUGACAGGCUCUGUAAUGGUAAAACUCAGGGAAAGUAUUGCACAUUCUCUUGUUGUGGCAGCUUCAAAUCGGAAACUGAAAGUGUAUAGAGAGGCGGAGGAAUGACAUGAAGCCUCACACACUGAUGCAAAAAAACAAAAACAAUACUGUGCCUUUUAUUGAUGAUGAUAGAGUCAGAUAACACUAAGGUGCUGAUUUGUCUGUAGCAUGAUUUUAAUAUUUAUUUUGGUGUGGAUCUGACAAAUGUGUUGUGAUAUGAUAUGUAAAUAAAUAGAUAGUGGUAAACAAAUAAUAAUAAAUAGUAAAUAUAUAGAUAAUUUAAUUUCCAUGUUUUGUUGCAACAAUAAAGUGCCUUUUUUAAUAAAUGAAAUGCAUCUAAUUGA